AUCCCUGUAUUGGCAACGAAAGCUCUGCUGGCUCGUGGCCCUGCACGCGCUUUUGUCUGUCUUGUGUGAGUCAUCGCACGAUGGCCGCUCAGCCCAAAUGGUUCCCGCCUGGUGCGGACUGCGACGCCAACCAGGCCGAGCUUUUUGGCCGUGACUUGGAAGAGCACUUUGAGUUGCCGGAACGCCUCGCGGACAAGAGCGCGAGCUUGGUCGAAGCCGUCAACGAUUUUCACUAUGCCAUGCUCAACGACCACGAACGCAACGAAUUUUACCGCCGCGCUCUGGCCGAGCAAAUUCAGCCCUCGGAUAUUGUGCUUGAGAUUGGCACCGGCUCUGGCCUCUUGGCCAUGUUGGCUGCCAAGGCCGGUGCACGGCACGUUUAUGCCAUCGAAGCCAACCGUCACAUGGCCCAACUCGCGCAGCACAUCAUCUCCGUCAAUGGCCUGGCCGAUCGAAUUACCGUCAUCAAUGCCCUCUCAACCGAGGUGACCGUUGAGCAUCUUGGUGGUCAGCGUGCGGAUGCCCUUGUGUCUGAAAUCUUGGGCACGCUCUUGUUGGGCGAGAGUGCUCUCCAGUACAUCUCGGAUGCCCGUGAGCGCUUGCUCAAGCCCGAUGCCCGCAUCAUUCCCGCUGGCGGUCGUCAACUCAUCUCCCUGGUCGAAUCGGAGGACAUUAAGAGCAUCACCUCGGUUCAAUCCUGGGGUGAUCUUGAUCUGCGCGCGUUUAACGUCCUGCAAGAUACAGUCAGCCUGGUUUUCACCAAACAGUAUGGCUUCCGCUUUAGCUCCACCAAACACAAGAUGAUCGUGUCCAAAGCGACCGUGGCUGAUGUGGACUUUCAUACCGACGGGGAGGGGGCGCUGCCCUUGGAAAUGACCGUUGAAUUGACGGCGGAAUGUGAUGGCCGUGUGGACGCCGUUCUGACUUAUUGGGAGGCCUACGACUCGCGGGAGAAAACGAGUGUCAUGUCUACGGAGCCGUCUGCGACGGAAGGUAACUUUGCCCGGGACAUGCAGUGGGGCCAAGCCAUUCAGCUGGUCGAGGAGGCCACCGAGACGGGCCCACAGCCUUUUCACGUCAAGAAGGGGGACAAGCUCGAGCUCGUCGUGCGCUUUUCAGAGGAUUCGGCCGUGAUGCAAUUUUCCCUUCAACGCGCAUAA